GGCAAUUAUUUCCCCUGCAACGUCACGCCGCCAUUUUCUCAAAGAAACAAAGCCGGUGUUACUUUGCGGCGUGUGUCUGUAGAAAGAUCACAAGUGCUACUCAGGAGACACAUGUUGACAUUUUGUCGCGAAGAAUAUUUAUUAAUGACAUUGCACUAAUUAUCCCAUGCCUCUAAAAUAAGUUUUUUUUUCAUGGCCAGUGUAUUUAGCCACAUUUACAGGACAUUGACACCAUGGUGAAACAACUGGCCGGUGAAAUCCUCCGCAGGGAGCUUGCGCAUUGGCUACUGGAGCUCUACCGCCAUGGAGAACGUGUUACGUCACAGCCCGAAAGCACGGAUGUGUGUGUGAGUGUGUGUAUGUGUGAGUGAGUGUGCGACGACAGAGGGACAGAGGAGUGUGUGUGUGAGUGUGUGUGUGUAUAUGUGUGUGUGUGUGUAUGUGUGAGUGGUUCAGAACGGGUGAGAAUGGAAAUGUGAUCGAAAAGGUAUCAAAUGAAGUGGGACGAGCACAGCAGCUGGUGAUGCCUGCUACAGACUCUGAAGUCACAUCCAUGAAGGACCCACAUGCAGUGGAGGAUAUGGAGGGGAGCUUGACUAACGUCCCCUCCUCGGGUCCUCCUACUAUCGUCCUCUCUCCAACUCCUCCUUUUCCAACCACUGUGAGACCUAGUCUCAGUAGUGAGACAGUGAUUGAGAAUAAAGCUGUCUCCAUGGCAAGUAACGACUGCAGCUCGGCUCUCUCUUCACCUGCUGAAGCUAGCCCAGCUAAGCCUGCUGUAACAUCACCUACUACCUUAGAAGGGAUUGUUGAAACAAGCCCAGCUACCUCACAGAUAGCAUCAGCUUCAGACUCUCUAGCAUACACAGGGACAAGCCUUGUCAACAUAUCAGAAUCACUACCAUUGUUGUCUGCAUUGCCAUCUACCACAUUUGGCAGUCCAGACCUGGAAAAUGACUCUCCUGCUGUGCUGACCUUCAAAGGUGUCAGUGUCACUCUGGAGAAUAACAGUGUGUGGAAGCAGUUUAACAGCUGUGGAACCGAGAUGAUUCUCACUAAACCGGGGCGUCGGAUGUUCCCAUACUGUCGAUAUCGCCUGGCUGGUCUAGAUCCUGACCGACUUUACACCCUAGUCCUGUCCAUAGUUCCAUCGGACCGGUACAAGUACCGCUGGAGCACAUCCAAAUGGGAGGUCACUGGACCAGCAGAACACCAGUCCCAGGGUCUGAUCCGGGCAUUUUGCCAUCAUUACUCACCCUGUCGAGGCUCGGAUUGGAUGGGUGGGCUGGUGUCCUUCUACAAACUCAAACUGACCAAUAAUUCCCAAGACCAGGAGGGUCAUAUAAUCCUACACUCCAUGCAUCGUUACAUUCCAAGGCUACAUGUGUUGCCCGUCCCGGAUGGGGACGCACCCACACCUGACAAGCCGGUGGUUAUGGGACCAGAAAGCAUGACCUUUACUUUUCCGCAAACUGAAUUUAUGGCUGUGACGACUUAUCAGAACUUUCGGAUCACACAGCUGAAAAUUAAUCAUAAUCCAUUUGCAAAGGGCUUCAGAGAGGACGGGAACAACUCCCGCCUGAACAGAGUCACUACAGAGACUCAACCUGUGAAGACAGACACUCAGCCCCCUGUUUUAAAACCUGCUGAACCCAGUGAAAGCAAAGAGGAGGCUGUGGAUCUGAGCACAAAGACACACAACACUCCUGCUUCACUCCCUAAUGAGAAAGACACCAGACUGGUCUUGAAGCCCAUAAUGUUUACCCCUUCCAGGAAGAAUGAAUAUGCCCGAUAUGGAAGAGGUAGACAUGCCCUUGGGGAGCUUGUGCUUGUCCAAAAAAGUUCACCCGUGGAACCCAAGGAGGAAAACCGCCGCGUCAGUGUAACCCUUAACACGCAGAAAUGCACCACAGUAACCCCUAAAGCAGAAUCCUUGACUCCUGCAUCCUCAACGUCUACCCCAGGAUCAUCACCUGGGUACCGCAAGAGGAGGAAGAGGAUCAACAGACGUUGGGCAAAUUCCCGGGGAAAAGAGUGGAAAGCUACAGCUGCCUCCCCCACGGUAGUCCACAGUCCAUCAUUGACGGUCGCUAUGCAACCAGAGCUCGAUGAUGUAGAGGGCCUGCUGUUUGUGUCAUUCGCCUCAAAGGAAGCCCUUGAAAUUCAUGUCAGGGACAAGCCAGCCAAUACCUCAUCAUCAAUAUCUCCAGUUCCCUUAACAACCCCAGUGCAGUUUAAACAAACAGAAAAGAUGAUUCCAGAGACUGAUGAAGAGAAGAUAGCCUGCUUGGAGGCUAUCGUGCUGCAGGACCUCAAAGUUCUCAAACAUAGACAGGUUAUCCAUCCUGUGCUGAAGGAGGUGGGUUUGAAGUUGAGCUCCCUAGACCCCACUAAGUCCAUUGAUCUGCAUUAUCUGGGGGUCCAUCUGCCACUUCCUCCCCCGCACCCACCAGAACAAGGCAAUGAUGCCACAGCUGUGUGUCCUGGCAAUGAAGGAUUACCCUUCAUGUCCCGGACAGGAAAGACAAGUGACAUGACGAAAAUAAAGGGAUGGAGAAACAAGUUUAUUAGAAGCAAAGAAACAUCUCCUUCUAACUGUGAUGGAUCACAAAAGAACCUAUCUGCCUUCUGCAGCAACAUGUUGGAUGAGUACUUGGAGAGCGAAGCUCAGCAAAUCAGUGAGCGUGCUGCUGCCUUCUCCACAAACCCAGAGGGCUCUGUGGCCUAUCAACUGCCUGCUAAAAGCUCCAGCUAUGUAAAAACCCUGGACAGCGCACUGAAGCAUCGAAACUCUGCCUCCAAAGUCCCAGUGGGCGCCAACAGGCCAUGUCCCCUUUCCCACAAACCCCUCCUCUACUCUGCCCUGACCUCACCAGCUCCUCCCCUGGCCAGACCUGCAACGCCUGUUCAAGCAGGAGCCCAGUCCACACAGCGGUCUACACCUUCACAUUCACCGCCUGGACCUGUGCCAGUAGUUGGUGCAAACGCUAGUUCUGAUUCACAGAGAUUGUCUACAUACCAACCAGGGGUCAACCAGAAACUAGCGGUGACCUAUGGGCAGAGCCUCGGGAUGACACACAGACCUUCAGGCCUCUCCAAGGUCCAGCUCAGACUGUUGCAGAUGGAGAUUGGAGCCUUGAAUCAGGGCCUUGAGAGAACACAGCUUACUGAAGACAGAUUGUCAUUGGCUCUGUCUGUAAUGCUGACAAAACAGACGCUGUCCAGUCAGGUUCCUAAGGUACCUCGGUAUCCAAAGCACAAAGUUGCAGGAUCUGAAUGUGGCCAGGAGUUCUGCAGACUGGGCUGUGUUUGUUCCAGUCUCCAGAAUCCCAACAGAGGUCCUGUCCACUGCCGGCGGCCUGAAUGCAUGUUUGGCUGUGCCUGUUUUAAGCGCAAAAUCACCAAGCAGUCGACAACGCAGGAGAGUGAACAAGAGAUCCAGCCUGUUUACUCUAUGACUAAUAUGGAGUAUGAGGUCCAGCCUCGCCCAGGCUCCCAUUCCAGUAAACUGUGGAACUCCAACAUUCUUGAUGUGGAUCCAGAGCCCAUCUUCACCCCCAAAAGUUCUCCUGUGUAUUCAUUCCCUUUGAAGGUCUUGAAACGCAACAGUGCACUUUAUUCGACUCAAGUGCCGAUCCGAGAAGAGGAUAAGGAUCCGGUGUACAAAUACUUGGAGAGCAAACUGACGUGCGCACGUGUGAGAGAGUUCAACAGCAAGCCUCCUCCUGAACUCACCAUAGAGCCCAAGAUCCCUGAUCCACCAAUCACCGCAACAAAACCGCAGAAGACAACUGACAACCUGCCGAAAAAGUACCACAGAACUAUACUGACUGUUGAAAAAGCAGGAAAGACAGCAUCAAAUGAAACACAAGCAAGGAAGCAAAUAGAGAUCCAGUCAGCGUGUCAGUGGGACAAGGACCGCAAAAUGGUCCUCGAAGCUCUAUGUCGACGCAUGAAUCAGAAUAAAUUGUCUCAGCGUUUCUGCAUUGGACCUUACCACAUCCGCCCGAUCACCAAGAUCUUCAUGCAGAAGCCCAGCGGCUCCAUUGUCACAUACAGGGUACACAUCAGUAAACCGGAAAAAUCCAGCGAUAAUGACGAGGACGAAUUUGAUGCCAGCGAUGAAGAAAAGAAUGCCAAUAAAAGUUUCCAUGGGGAAAUGGAUGCAGAGGAGGACGAGGGCCAAACUGAUGAGCAAGAGAUGCAGUUUGGAGUCACACCGUUUCUGAGUGGAGUGUUACCUGCUGGCAGACUGAGAGCCAGGACCAAACCUGCUGGCUGCCAGGCAUUUGGACUUAUACAGGUAAAUGGCAAAUCCUACAAUCAGGCCAGACUGUUGCUGGGAGGCAUGGGAUCUCUUCAUCCAGCCAAUCGCCUUGCAGCGUACGUCACAGGCCGACUCCAUGCUUCCAGUGACGUCUCUCGUAAAAUCUCUCAGAAACCAGAUACUGCACACAACGCUCCCGGUGCUCUGCACAUAAAGGCUGCUGGCACAGUAGUCCCUCCGAUUAUCACUGCAAGAAAAACCACUGAUCUGAAGACGCCAUCACAACCACCAGUUCAAUUAUCACAGCCAGACUCUUGGAAAAAGGGAUCCAUCAUCUUGCCUCAGCAAUCACAAAACUCCUCAACCAUCAACCCUGUCCAGAUAUUUGCAUCAGGCCAACGCAGCAUGGUCAACCCCUUCCAGAACAGCUCCACAUCCUCGCCUGUCUCUCUCACCGUGUCCCCCUCUCUGAAAACCCCCAGUUUCUUGGGACAGAGUGGGACCUACUCAUUCAGGAUCUGUCCACCAGCCAACCAGAGUACGAGAGGCCCGAACCUACCAGGGAUCACCCUACCUGGGGGCUUUACUCUCAUUCAACUCCCAAAGCCCGGAGCUGAUGGAGCUUUAACACAACAGUCAGAAGCUGGAAACACUACAAACAUGGAUAGCAUUGGUAAAGCCCAGCCACAAAAAGAUUCUUUGUUUACAUUCGACCACUCAAAAAUCAAGAAUUGGCUUGGUUUGGACACUUUUAAUGGAGCUAAAGACCUAUCAAGUAGCAGAUCAGUGGAGCCUGUCGCAGCCCCAGAGCUGAUGUGUGAUGAGAGGAUGCCAUCAGAUGAAGCCAACAGCAGGCUGGUGGCGAGAGAAGUCGAGUCAAACAUGGAUAUUGCUUCAGAAGACCUAAGUUCCGACUCCUCGGACUACUGCGGAGACGGUGAUGAAGAUGAAGAUGAGACAGUGGACAUUGAGACUGUAGAAGAAGUGAGACAAAGUAUGGCCAUCGCCAAAAUGAAGAAAGCUGCCAGCAGGGCAAUACGGGAGUCACGAGAUUCCAGCGAUGAUUUAGGAUCAGCGAAGGAACUCAACAUCCAGGAUCAAAUGGACAACGAACAUGAUGCGUCUGGUGACAAAAAGAGGCGAAAGAACCACACGGUGCUCGAAAGGCAAAGACGCUCUGAACAGCGGAUCCUCUUUGAUAAACUGCAGAUUAUACUUGACAGUGAUCCCAGAGCCCCCAGACUGCGCCUUCUUUCACUGGCUGUAAAUGAAAUCCAAACUCUGAAUGAGACCUCUAAACGUCUGGAGGAGAAGAAGAGGAGGCUGAUUCAGAUGCAGUCUGUCUACAUGAAAGAACUUUCUCUUUUGUCUGGGAAGUCAGAGGGGCUGAUUAAAAAGAAGCUGAAAGAGAUCUGCGAGAGACAGAAAGUGAGAGAAAGGACAAUGAAAUGGAAGCCUUACUUUUCCCAUCUACUCCAGUCCAGAGCUGCUCUUCUUCAAUCCACUACUCACCAGUCUAAGCUCCAGCCCACACCCUUCUCACAGCCCGACUUCCACACAACUCCAUGUCAGGAAAACCCGCACACAAUUCCAGCCCAAAACAAUGCAAAUCCGGUGAUGUCCCAGCUUCAGAUUAACCUACAGAGCUCCACCAGAGCGCUACCCCAAACCAGCAUGCCCAUGUCACAUUCUCCGCCCCAAGCUGUGUCAUCUCCAGCCCAGGCGGAGGUCACCGCACCCCCAUUGCAGGCAGAGAAUCAACCGGGUGAACCAGUGACCUCAGCUCAAAUCAGUCAACAUCACUCAAAGUGUGAGAGCCUUCAGGAAACACCUGCAGACUCAGCCCAGGUCACCACACCCGAUACUCAAAUGGAGUGCCAGUCUCAAGCUCACUCAGCCGCAGUUCCACCUCAGCCCACUGCAGACCAGGAUGGAGCUCCACCUAUAUCCUCAACACCCAAGUCAAAUAAAAACCCUGUCCACCUUCCACAACCCCUUGCUCUUCCUCUGAUCCGCUCCAAGACCGGCAGGAUCAUACUUCCCUCAUCUCUGAAACCAACUGGUCAAGGCUUCUAUACACUCAUGGUGAUGAAAGCCAAGCAGAAAGGAGAGGAUGACAACGCUGAUGUGGACUCAUCCAAGAAUCAAGAGCAAAGCUUUUCUGAAUCUGAGCAUCUUUCAGAUACAGAGAGCAGCCGCACUUUGGAGGAAGACAAAUCUGUACAAUCCUCAAACUCUGAAUCAAAGCAUUCAGGUGCAAAAACCCCCCUGUCUGAGCUCGCCCUCCUUAACAAAUCAAUCUUUGUGUCAUCGGUGGCUCUGCAACCUGUGGAAAGCCCAGAGGGGGGCACAGUGGUGGGUUUGAACAAAACACUGGCGACUGCUUGUUUGAGUUUCAACUGUGUGAAGCAGAUUCCUAAUUCUGCCGAGCCCAAGCCUGAUUCUAGCCCUCCUGUAGUCCGUCGUCGCAGAGGCAGACCUCGAAAGAACCCAAUUCCCUCUGUUAGUGAAAGCGAAAAAGGUCCUGUGGUGGAAGACACCAGUACAAAUGCCAGUGAAAGGGAAACAUCUGUUCUGGUUGAAGAAACCAGUCAAAAUGGGAAUGAAACUGAAAAGAUGACUUUGGAAAUGAUAAAGACACAAGCUGAGUGUGUCACGGGGAUGGUUGAUGAUGAUAACCCUGUGGCAGUCAAACGGAGAAGAGGGAGGCCUCCAAAGAAGUCGUCGGCACAGUCGUUGAGCCCUCACGUUAUGCAAGCAGGAAGAGGUUCAUUUAAAUCUAAUGAGGACAGCCCCUUCAGACUCCCUCACAAUUUUAGAAGCCCUGAAACCAAAUCCAAGGAAAGCCCUGCAACAGACGCUUUGCUCGGAGGCAUCAGCACAUCACGGCCAUUAACCCGAGGCGCUUUAGGAAAGGACUUCCCCAGUGCCAAGAAACGGUCCUGGAUAGACAUAGAGAAGGAACUGGAACCUGAACUGGAGUUUGAAUAAUCCUCUUAUCUUCCCGUCACUAUAAAAGCCAAUGCACACAUUUUUAGUCAUGUGACCUCAGUUAGUCUCACACUGAAACCUCACACCUCUUCGAGGCACCAGUAUCUUCAAGCUUCAUCCUCACAGUCUUACUCAUUUAGAGGAGGUUUCUCUUCUGCUCUCUAAUUAGUGUGAACACAAGUUACAUUAGAAGGUCAUUAGAAGCAUCACCAAAUGUGCCUGUGUGUGAAUUCAGAGGACCAAGGACACAGUAAAAUACUUGAUGCUGCUCUUUUCUGCACAAGUCGGCACAGAACUCAGUGGACUUAUUUCAUACUAUAGAGAGAGAGAGAGAGGCUGUUUUUGGUAUAAUAUGUGAGAAAGCAUUAAUUGACCUGCUGAAUGUAUGAAUGAAAUUUAUGGUAACUCCCACAAUCAGUUUUGAAAUUCCUUUUUUUUUUUUUUUUAAACUGAUGUCUUCUUUAAACGUUGCCAACAUUAUUAUUUUUGCAUUCACAAGAAACAGUAUAUUGGGAUUUAUUCAAGUCAUUUAUCAAUGAUCUGUCUUAUGCAAAUAAAAAACAGAUUAUGUAAAUCCAAUAUGUUAAUGUCAGCCUUACAGUGUAAGUUAAAUAUUUGUAUCCUGAAUACAAUCAGGCAAUGCGUUACUCCAUACACACAUUAAAAUGUAAUGUUUUCUCUGUUUUUUUAUUGAGAGCUAGAUUGAUGCAUAUUUCUUUUGGAAUUAUUGUUUUCCAUGACUGUGUGAAAAUAAUUUGUAGUAGCACUUUGUUUUUUUUUGGUAGAAACCUCCUGUGAGUUCAUUCAUAUGCAGACAACUGAAAUAAUUUAAAUGUUGACUGUCACAAGCAAUCAAGAUAAAAAGCUAUUAGCCAUAUAUUGUAUCUAUGAAAAUAACUUCUGUAAAUAUUUUAUUUUGCUUUUAAUUUCAAUACAUUUUCUUCUGUCCUGUUACUUGAGUUAAAUUGAAAGCUCACAUGGCCUUGAAAAUGAAUAAAAACUACAUGCAUUCAUAAUGGAAACCUUCAA